AUGUUUCUGUCUCUACCCAUACUGACUAUUCUUGUUCCCCUGAUCUCUUUAGCUGGACUAUUUUACUCUGCCUCUGUAGAUGAAGAUUUUCCCCAUGGUUGUACCAGCACCAGCAGCCUGUGCUUUUACAGUCUUCUUAUGCCAAUUACCAUACCAGUUUAUGUAUUCUUCCACCUCUGGACUUGGAUGGGUAUCAAGCUCUUCAGACACAAUUAAUGUAAUGAGAGGCAACCCUAAAGGGCUCUGUGUACAUAAAGCCAUGUGACUUACAUUGAAA